AUGGACCAAGAAAAACCCAAACCAAAUAGGCUUUAUCAGGUUUGGAAGGGAAGCAAUAAAUUCUUAUGUGGAGGAAGAUUGGUCUUUGGUCCCGAUGUGGCAUCUUUGUUUUUGUCCACAUUCCUUAUUGCAUGUCCAGCGAUUGCGUUUUGUACAAGAGUCUCGCUUGUUAUCAGACAUCGUAUCAAAGAAAAAAAAGAUGCUAUUCCUUGGUAUUCAGUGCUUACUGUGGGAAUCCUACUAACUGUUUUUGAUAUGCUGUUUCUAUUCCUUACAUCCAGUAGAGAUCCUGGGAUCAUCUCUAGAAAUACAACACCACCUGAAUGUGAUGAAACGGGUGAAAUAAGCACCCCUUCAAUGGAGUGGGUCAAUGGAAGAACUCCUCAUUUGAAGCUUCCCCGGACGAAGGAUGUGGUUGUGAAUGGGCACACUGUUAAAAUGAAAUACUGUGACACAUGUUUGCUGUACCGUCCUCCCCGUGCUUCUCAUUGCUCCAUAUGCAACAAUUGUGUUCAGAGAUUUGAUCACCACUGUCCAUGGGUUGGUCAAUGCAUUGGUGUACGUAAUUAUCGAUUUUUCUACAUGUUUGUAUCUACAUCAACGAUCUUAUGCAUAUAUGUCUUUGUGGUCUCGGUCAACAUUCUUCGCCAGAAACGCAACUUCUGGAAGGCCAUGUUAGGUGAUAUUUUAUCAGCUAUUCUCAUCGUGUACUGCUUCAUCACCUUUUGGUUUGUGGGUGGCCUUACAGUUUUCCACUUCUAUCUGAUUAGCACCAACCAGACUACAUAUGAGAACUUCAGGUACCGAUAUGAUAGGAAGGAGAACCCAUAUAACAGAGGGACGAUCACAAACCUGAAAGAAGUCUUUUUCUCUAAAAUCCCACCUUCGAUGGUUAAUUUCAGAGCAUAUGUUCAGGAAGAGGAAAUUAUGGUUAUGGAAGCGAUGGAUCCUAAUUUAACAGGAAGUAUUGCUAGCUCUAGGGAACAAACUGAUGUAGAAAUGGGAGAUAAAUUUGCUGAGAAUAACGGCGCUUCACUUCCAGAGAUCUUACAAAAUCUGGAAUUCGUAGGCAUUGAGGAUAAUAUGAAAGAGCAGGAAGGAAAUGAAAGAUAUGAUUCCAGCCCAUUUCUCUUUUCGGCUGAACAAGAAUUGCAGAUCUCCUCAAUCAAAGUUGGGGGAAAUACAGAGGAGAAUGAAAUGAAACAGCGGGUAGAAAAUGAAACAAGUGAUUCCAGCUUGGUUCUCUUUUCGGCUGAACAAGAAUUAGACAUCAGUUCAAGCAUAAACUACAGGUUUGAUAAUAGGAGAAAUCAGUACCCUUACCCCCCUCAAAGAUUUGGAUGCAUGCGUCAGAAGAUAGCCUGUCUGAAUUCUAGAUACAAUCUGGCAGCAGAAGUUCCGAAGUUGGAGGGCGAAUUGUCGAAAAUAAUGCAGGAUCUUGCAGAAUGA